AUGUUCAAGGAGGGGUUUGUACCCACAUCCUCCCUCUCCGGAGACGGACACUCUAACUACAAGGCCAUCCGGUCGCAUAGGAUGUAUGGUGCUGAUAUAGCAAUAACAAAGAAGCUCUGUUCCGGCCGCUGCGGUGCUUCACUAGACCGUGCCCGCUCCUGUCAGUGUGACAGUGCCUGUCACAGAUACGACGAUUGCUGUGAAGACUAUGUGGAGUGCUGCCUGUGGUGUGGGUGCAAUAUUGAGUGUAACAGGAAAGGAAAUGGAAAUUGCAGUCCUCCAACUGACCCUGUCCCAAUCACUGAUGACGAGCUGUCACAACUUGCCGAGGGACUGUAUGUCGUGGACUCCAACAAAGCUGCUUCAAGUGACGUCAUUGUGGACGAAGGCGGAGCACGGUUGUUCUACUAUGUGAACGAGGCGUCGCUACUGCAGAGCCCAUCUUACUCACUGUUCCUUUCUCUUCUUGACAACUACAACCCGUAUAUUGGUCAGCUAGAGACCCUCAGCAGUGACGAGCUCUCCGAGAUUGAUCAGUAUCUGGAUUAUAUUUUGACCACGCCCGUUAUGGUGGCACUGAAAACAUGCCUGAAGCAAAAAGGAUACACUAGUUCCGAUUCUGCGUUCCGUGGUUUUCUCGAUGACCUGUGGUUCCAGCUGUACCCGCGGUCAUCCUCAGGCCCCGUGGACAGUAGCGGCUUCGAGCACGUGAUGGUCGGGGAGCUAAAGCCCUCGUCGGUCACCGGGUUUCACAACUGGUUCCGGUUUUAUCAGCUGGAGAAAGUGGGAAGCUUAACGUACAAAGGAUUCCGUUCGUCAGUGGAAACAUCGCCCCAAGUUCUCAAAGUCCGCCUGGAGUGGUUCGGGAAGAGUAGGUCCCAGUCCAGUUUCUUUCUAGGGACCUCUCCUGAGUACGACAUGGCUGUAUACACUGUGUGCGCACUGGCCAGGAAUAACAGCCGCUGUCCUAUCGUACUAGCCGGGAAGUCUGUAUCCAUCCAAACCUAUGACGUUGGACACAAAUCAGGCCUCCAGAUUGCCACCUCCUACCCCGCUAUAUAAUAGAAUCGUGAAGAUUUGUCGAUUUUUGGUCCUUUUGAUUUCAUUUGUUUGUGUCUAAAUUGGUUGGAAAUUUUAUCAAUCGCCUUCACUGUGAAAGAUUUCAAUCUGUAUUUUAGACUUUUAUCUGUCUUAAAACACAACAACACAACACCAAAAUUUAAACACCAUUCAAAUUUCAGUACAUAGUUAAAAGUUAUAUUUAUAAUAUGUGAACUGAUUCGUGGUC